UCUCUGAACGCCGACUGCCACAGUGUAUCAUCUAAAGACACACAGUGUUUGACGAUGAUGUCCAUGAAGAUGUGGUAUCUCUUGCUGCUCGCUGCCUUCCUGCCCAUUGUUCCCACAGAGGCUGAAGUGGUGAAGUCAGUGGCCGACUGUGGCCAGUUUCUCCUUGAAGCAAAGCCACCACAGGUCCCAGGCAUCUUGGAGGGCGGGAAAAUUACGGACCAGAAUCGAUACAAACCCAUAUGCCAGACUUUGGAAGACGAGAGAAAGUUUCUGACGCUCUACGACACCAAGAACAGGAUCCCAGUGUUUUCUGCUUUAAAGUACAGAGGGGAAGGAGGAGGAAAGCCACCCUCAGACGAGUGGAUGAUAGAGCCACAGCUUGAGAAUGAAGAAGACAAGAACAAGAACAUGUUGGAUGUAGAAAGAGACAGGACCUACAACAACCAGGCUGGGGACAAUGAUUACAAAGACCAAAAAGGGUUUACCAGGGGCCAUUUAAUUGCAAGCUCUUAUGGGUUCCAGAUAUCUGGCAAAAUGUCCACCUACACCCUGACCAACAUUGUUCCACAACAAAAAACAUUCAACGAGGGAAGCUGGUACAAAAUGGAGAAGUGCGUCAAAUGUAUUAUGGACCGGCACUGUACCAACAAUGGUGUUACUGAAGCCUAUGUGGUAACUGGAGCACAACCCAACAACAACAACAAACAACUCAAUAACAGGGUUAAUAUUCCUGACACGCUCUGGUCAGCAUUCUGCUGCUUUGACUCCAAAAAGAAGAAAUGGAUCGCAAACGCACACUGGGGCAACAAUGAUCCAGAAAUUUUAUCUGAAAAGAAAACUCUGCCAACUAAGACUCUGGGAGAGCUCAAACAACAACUGGGGAUAGAUGUGUUUCGUGAAACAAAGUGUCCUGAGACUGUGUUCUUCACAAACGUUGACAACUGCCCAUGCCCCCGCUCUGCUUCAACCACUUAGUCCCAUCUCAAUUAAAAUCUUCCCCUUUCACACCCAACAUUUGGUCCACUAUAUGCCUAGUCCUGCUUUCAUCUGCCUGGCUCUUCAUCAUGUGUUUGGGGUUCUAACUGUAUGAGGAAAAUAUAAAUCUGUGAGGAAAAAUUGGGAAUCUCAAACAAGGCCUUUAAUCUGUCAUUAUUCAAUUAUGUUGAAUAUUUAAUCAAACGUUAAAGUUUGAAAAAAAAGAUGUAUGUAUAAAAUGAACUAAUUCAAUACAGAAUUAACAAACUAAAAAAAUGAUUUGUCACAAAUUUUUGA